CCAUUCGCAUUUUAUCGAGUCUUAAAUGAACUCAUGAAAUCCGAAGUUUACCUCUAAACAAGAGUAGUAUUAAUAUUAUGGUAAUAGCAGUGUGACCGUGGCAAGACAUAGACGUUUAUGGUACCUACCUACAUGUAUAAAACAAAAAUAUAGUGUUUCGAAAUGCAUCGGAAUGUAUUGUUUGUUGUGAUUAAUCUGUUUGUGUUCAUAUAUGCACAGCGGGAUAAGAAAUUCUUUCGUAAAGACUACACAUACUUAGAGGAAACUGAUAGUUUUUACAAAAUACACACCAUUCAUAGGACCUGGCAGGAUGCGAAGGCUGUGUGUGAAAUGGAAGGGGCUACAUUUUUUUACCCUGAAGAUGAGGCAGAAGCUAAUGCUGUGUUAGAAUUUUGGAACAAAACACAACCAUUUUCUUGGGUUUACAUUGGAGUUUCAGACCUCCUGGUCAAGGGUGUUUUUGAGACAAUAGACGGUAUUCCAAUAUCAGACGUGUACAGCAAAUGGGAUGCUGGUGAACCCAACGACCACGGUGGUCAAGAAGACUGCGUGAAUUUCAGACGCAACGGCUUUCUGAACGAUGACAAUUGCGACAAAAAAUAUCCUUUCAUAUGUAAGAAGAAACGUAGCAUGCUGGAGUGGAACCAGUUCUGUUUUAUACCAAAUAUGGAUUAUAAUUACAGUGAGACUUUUGGAAAAUGCUACAAAUUUCAUUUGAAACCUCGUACAUGGGCUGAUGCCUACGUUGUAUGCAACGCAGAGCAAUCCUACUUAGCAGUCAUAGACAGCCCAGCUGAGGCAGAAUAUCUGAAAGAGCUAACCGAUAAGGCACCGAAGGAUAAUAUCGGAGGCGACUUUCUCAGAGGCGCAGUCUUACUGGGCUUUCACAAUAGACUUGGAGACGGAUGGAAAACGAUUAAAGGAGUUCCUCUGGAAAAUAGUGGUUACAUCAAAUGGGGAAAUCAGCAACCUGACGGUGGUGACAACGAAAAGUGCGGUUCAAUGUUCUACAGUGGAACAUUGAAUGACAUCAACUGCUCAAGAAAAGCCUUCUUUAUAUGCGAACACGACAUAGAUAUCUUAGGUGCUAUAUUUGACGAAAGACACGGAGAGUAAUUACU